AUGAGAUACCAAAGGAAAACAAUUCAAUUGUUAUUAUUUUUAUUGUUUCUGUGGACCUUUCAGAGAAUGUACCAUUUCAGCACAAAGAAAGUACAGAGGAUCUAUCAGUGCUGGUCUGUGAAUACUCAAACAGAAGAAUUAAAGCUAUCAGACUGGUUUUUUCCCAAUGCCAUAAAUCGCUCAAACGUAACUACCAGCUGGGCAGCUCCAGUUGUGUGGCAUGGCACUUAUGAUGAAGUGGUGCUGGAAAAUUAUUACGCAAGUCAUAAAAUUACUGUGGGGUUGACUGUGUUUGCUGUGGGAAGAUACGUUGACCGUUAUUUGCACACAUUUAUAAACUCAGCUGAUAAAUAUUUUAUGGUUGGCCAGAAAGUCAUCAUUUACGUCCUCAUAGAUGACUUCUCUAAGGUGCCCUGGGUAGAUCUGGCUCCCCUCCGAAUGCUGAAAAUUUUUGAAAUAAAGCAAGAGAAGAGAUGGCAAGACAUCAGUAUGAUGCGCAUGAAGACCAUCAGUGAACACGUUGCGGAUCACAUCCAAUAUGAAGUUGACUUCCUCUUCUGCAUGGAUGUGGAUCAAAUCUUUGUACAAAAAUAUGGACUGGAGACUCUGGGGGAAUCAGUAGGUCAGUUACACGCUCAUUGGUAUAAGACGAGUCCUACAGAGUUACCUUAUGAGAGGAGUCAAUUAUCAGAAGCAUAUAUACCUAUUGGUAAGGGGGACUUUUAUUACCAUGCUGCUGUAUUUGGCGGUACUCCCGUUCAGGUUCUCAAUAUUGCUAGGGAGUGCUUCAGAGGAAUCAUGAAUGACAAGAAAAAUAACAUUGAGGCAGUGUGGCAUGAUGAAAGUCACUUGAACAAGUAUUUUUUCCUCCAUAAACCCACUAAAAUCUUGUCACCAGAAUACUGCUGGGAUCAGUCUGGACCUAAUAGUAUUAAGAAUGGCACUUUCAAACUCUAUUGGGCUUUUAAAAACUAUGAUUUUCUUAGACAGUCAGUGUAA